UCCCCAGGAAGUGCCCGGGGCUCCUGGCAGCAGCCCCUCCCCCCCCGCACGUCCUGCAGCGAGACCCUGACCCCUCCCCGUGGCCUCUGGGCGGGGACUGACAAUCCCGCUGCUCCCCACUUCCCCGGGAGUGUGGACGGGGCCCCCAGCCCCGCGCGGCGUGAGAGACCUGACCCCAGCUCGCCCCUCAGGCGCUGCGCGCUCCCCCCGUGGCUGGGCCUCCCGCUGGGGAGGGAAGGGGUUUGCAGCCUGUUUCAAUGAGCCGCUUACAAACUCUCUCUUUCUUUUCUAGCCUCCGUCCUGCUAGUGGGCUCAGGCUGAGUAAGCCCUGAUUGCAGGGUGAACUGGAAAUCUCCUGGAGCCCUUUCAGAUCUUGCUUCUUCGAGGGGGGUGUUCCUCCCACCCCCAGAUUUACAAUAAAAAUUGAAGCUGCAUUUCUAGCAUCUUAUGGUAAGAAGAUACGGCUGCUUCUGACUCCGUUCUUACCGGGAGAUACAACCUGAAGUUUGUUUUUCUCAGUUUUUGCAUAUGCAAGAAAAUUGAUUAUUUUUACAAAGCACGUAAACUCGUGUAACCUUUUUCUGAGUCGAGGACCAAGCAGACGUGAAGCUGAGGAUCACAAAGUAAAGUGGAUUCAGUACUAACCGCUCCUACAGUCCUGUAUGGCUUGUAGCUUUCAUCAUUAAGUUUAGCUGUGGGAGGGGGAGGCUAGUGAAUUUGCAAAAAUGGAUAAUAAAUAUGAUGAUCUGGGCUUAGAGGCAAGUAAAUUUAUAGAAGAUCUCAAUAUGUAUGAAGCCUCCAAGGAUGGACUCUUUCGGGUGGACAAAGGUGUUGGCAACAACCCGGAAUUUGAGGAAACCAGGAGAGUUUUUGCCACUAAAAUGGCUAAAAUUCAUCUCCAGAAACAGCAGCAAGAAGAGGAGCUGAUGUUGGCUGACUCUGGCUCUCUAAAUGGUGGGGCCAGUUUCAGUGUCCAGCAGCAGUUUCCAAACCAUCCUGUGCCUGGAGUAGCUCCGGGGGCCAGUAAAUUGCAUUCAGGAGAAAAUAUUGCCAAACCUCCUCUGGCCACAGCAUCAGUGUGUGCAGCGCACCAGCUUGCUUUUCCACAUCACCCACAAGCUGUUCCUGAUGGGCAGCGAACAAAAUUAUACCAAGAUGGCAAAACAGCUAACAAAGAACAUGGCUGUAGAGAGAAUCUGGGGGAUUCUGAGGUCUCUGAAGGACAUGGGUUCCACAGAGCAGCCCAUGUGAAUCCCAGCACUGCAAAGCCAUCUUUUCCUUCUCUUCCCCACGGACAGCAUUAUAAUGAGAAUCAGACAGGCAUCCCUGCUUGGGGAGGAGAUGCUGGUAAGUUUUCCAUCCCCAAAUCUGGUUUGGGGAGUUUACGAUCCAAUGUUAAUCAUAGUGAUCAGCUAUCAAGGAGUCCUACAAAAACCCAAGCUGAUCCUCAGCCUUACCAGCAUCAGAAGUCACUGAGCUCCUGCAGGUCUUCUGAAAGUGGGUAUGGAAGCCAGGAAAAUGGGAAUGAGAGCAACAGACUUAGUCGAGGCUAUGACCAAAACUCAACUGGUCAGAGAUCUUCCUCUUUCUCACAUACUCUGACCCCCUUUUCAACUUCUACAGGGUUUGAUGAUGAGACAGCAGUGGGAUUUCCACAGCAGAGAUCUUCCUCAUUCUCAGCCCCAUCAACAUUGCCUGCACAAGGGUUUUCAGGUCUGUCUGAUCAAUUUAGCCCAAACCCUGAGAGUGAGAUGCUACCUUCUGGCAUACCACAUAAAACCAGUCAUGACCACUCGUUGUGGUACCAUGACAAUUCUAGUUCUUCCACGUCUAAUUCAGCUCCUACUCCAUUGCCUCCAAGCGUAGAUUAUCAGCAAGCCAGUGCUUAUCCCAAGUCUACAGCCCAUUUCAUAGUUCAUGGUCAAAAUCACAGGCUUAAUUGUCCUGGCUCUGGCAUAAGUCCUGAGGAGGAUUCCAUCAGCGUAGCUUCACAUGGGCCAAUGAUUUCUGAUGCUCCAAGGUCUCCAUUUAAAGAGGGCAUAAGCAGUCUGCAGCAUGACUCAGGACACCAGGAAAAUUCCAGUUCUACAAAAGUAAAGUUACCCUGUCAGACCCUCCUUCCACAGCAGGAACAAGGGCCGUCUACAGCUGAAUUAAAAUUAGAAGCACUUACCCAGCGUCUGGAGCAAGAGAUGGAUGCUCGUCCCAAGGCUGACUACUUUGGAACCUGUGUGAAGUGCAGCCAAGGUGUGUAUGGAGCAAACCAGGCUUGCCAAGCCAUGGGGAAUCUCUACCAUGAUGGCUGCUUCACCUGUGGAGCAUGCAGUCGAAAACUGAGAGGAAAAGCCUUUUAUUUUGUUAAUGGAAAGGUGUUCUGUGAAGAAGACUUUCUGUAUUCAGGUUUCCAGCAGUCAGCUGACAGGUGUUUCAUUUGUGGUCAUUUGAUAAUGGACAUGAUCCUGCAGGCUCUAGGGAAAUCAUACCAUCCAGGCUGCUUCCGUUGUGUGAUCUGUAAUGAAUGUCUGGAUGGAGUGCCAUUCACUGUAGACACGGAGAACAAAAUCUACUGUGUCAGAGAUUACCACAAAGUUUUAGCUCCAAAAUGUGCAGCAUGUGGACAUCCCAUUCUGCCAACUGAGGGGUCCGAUGAGACCAUUCGGGUUGUGUCCAUGGACAAGGAUUACCACGUGGAAUGUUAUCACUGUGAGGAUUGUGGGAUGGAACUCAAUGAUGAAGAUGGACAUCGCUGUUAUCCGCUAGAUGAACAUUUGCUUUGUCACUCCUGUCACCUGAAGCAUAUAGAGAAAGGCACAACUCCAGCAGCUAUGUACCAGCAUCACUACUAGUCAGUACUGCUAAUUCCCAGAAUUAGCCUGUCAGAGGACUUGUUAUAGUACACAUUUUUCCCCAGUUGAUUUCCAGUAUGCAUUUUCCCCAAUCAGUAAUUUACAGUAAGAGGAUACAGAGACAUUAGCUAGAUUUUUUUCAAGGUUUGUAUGUAUGUGAGCUCCACUCAUAUCACAAAUACGUUUAUUUGAACAUGUAAUGUUUUCCAGGCUGGUCGAUUUAUUUUCCCAUGCCUUUUUACACUCUCAAGAGCUCUUUGCUUUCACUUGGGAAGAUUUUUCAGUAGAAGGAUAACCAUCUAUCACAUCAGUGAGUUCAUAUGAUGCCAUGCACAAUUAAUAAGCCACAGACCUCUCUACCUGCCUGCUGAGAACAUUUCUUCAGUCUGUGAAGUGGUUUCUGACAAGCACGUUUCAUCAAAUCCCCCAAGGAUAUCAGCUUAUUAAUACUGAUUCUUAGAAUCUUUAUAAUUCUUUAGAAAAAGGGCUCUGUGCAUAAAAGCACAUUCAGACCUUUCAGUUUGUUCCCAGAACUCCGAUGCCAGCCCAGCUGUGAAAUGGUUGUGACGCAGAAUAGCAAUCUGAGCACAAACAAACCAGGCCUCUCACUUGGCUGCUGAAUGUCCACAUCCCAACAAUUAUUUUUUUUAAAACUGGAGCAAGAGAUACAAAGCCAUCUUGGCAAAUGUGGUCACCUGUGCUGCUGCUUGUGCAUAAGCAUGGUACACUAGGAUCACUUUGUUGUAUAAAGUCUGAGCAGCAAAUUACAUUUGAAAAGAUCUGGAUGCUGAAAAUAUGUACGGGAGGGCAAUCUAUCUCCCAUUAUCUCUUGCAAAGGUCACUUUAGAAAAGAGCUCUGUGCACACAGACACUUCCUAAGCCUUUCAUUUUAUCCAUGGAGCGCAGACAUCAGCACUGCUGUGAAAAAGGUGCAAGUCAAGAGGGCUCAAUACUCACUUCUACAGUGUUUAUCCAGCUCAGACCUGUUUCAUAACGGUGCCUAUUUAGAGUUCUGGGAACAGAUUCAAGAGCAUGAUGAAGGCUUUAUGUUUGCACAGAUUUAGAGCCUAACUCUGCAACUUGUGAGUAAGCCCGUUGACACACAUGGAUUUGCUCACAUGAAUAAGGAUUACUUACGUGAGCAGGGCUUCCAGGAUUAGAUCCUUAUUUUUUUUGUUCCGUUUAGAAAGCAAAAAUGGCAAAUGUUUUUCCUUUUUAAACACCCAUGCCUUUUAAUCAAAGAAAAUGCCUCCCAAUGGGUACACAGCUAUGUGUGUGGUAAAUAUGCGAUUGGUAUUAUUUACAGUACACAUACUGUGCGUAUUAAAGCUUUGCAGAAACUGGUAUACAGGUACAAUUUUUUUAAUUUAAAAAACCAGCUGUUUCCACUGCUGUUUAGUGUCUGUGAACUGACCUCCCCAACGUAUCCUAAGUGUAUUGAAGACUAAUUAAAUACUAACUAAAUCCUUUUGCAUCAGAGCUAAGCUAUUUAUUCAACCCUGUUUGAUCGUAUGGUGUACAGUUUCCUCCAAGAUCCACCAUGAAACAGUGCUGACUAAAUUAGCGAAACAGUGGUAACUACAUUCCAGGAACGAGCCAGAGCAAAGUAGCAAUACUCUUCAACCAAACAUCUCUCCCAAUAACAACUUUCUGGCGCUAGCUAACUGCUUGAAGUUUAAAAAAAAAAAAGGGGGGGGGCAGAUUCUGCCACUCGUACUCCCAUUUAAUAGUAUCUUACUCCAGGAGUAGUCCCACUGAAACGAAUGGAGAAAUAAAGUAUUACUCAGCUAACGGUGGCAGAAUCUGACUCACAGUUGAUGAUAUUCUGAUAUAUACAUUUCUCCCCCCUCCAUCCUUAGCUUAGAACUGAGAGAGCCCAGUCCUGAAAGUGCUUCCUACAAAUUGCUGAGCAUGCUCAACUUCACUUUGCAGAAUUGGGGGCAGCUGAUGUUUUUUUUUCCCCCCCUUCACCGAAUGUCAUGAGAGGGGCAUUUUGUCCCACAAAGCAAUAGCUCUCAGCAUCCCAGCCAGUCACUUUCUGUCACUAUUUCCAAUGACAACAGCAAACUUCCAGGUGCAGCAGUCACUUUGUCGUGAGGCCAGAUAGGGCUCUUUCAGAGCUAUUGAUCAUGCUGUUCCCUGUUUCUUGUGGUAGAGGAUGCAAGAAAGCAGGCAGAUUGCUCCAUUUGCCUGGAGACCAUGAGACAAGCAACUUUCACAUCUCCCCACUCUCCUUUCAUCCACCUCACUUUCUUUCUUCCUCUCUCUCCUAUGCACACACUCUCUAAGAUUGUCUAGAUUAGUGGAGGAAACUUUUGCUGAGUGUUUUUUAACACCUUAAAAUAUUAAUCUGCAUUAACAACUUACUACAUAUCUUCAUUUGCCACAAUGUGAGUAGAAAUAAACAGAACCCAGCAAUAGCAGAUUUUUAUGCUGAGAUUGUUCAGCCAGGCACGGGUUUAAUCAGUUGCACAAGCAAGCGUAGUCAGUGGGGAGGGUGUUGGUUUAACAGCUGCAGGGGAGAACUACGAUACGAUUAGUAGUGAUGGGCAGGUUUCCAAUCCGAUGCCUCAGUUUGCCCUGACUGUCCUGCUCUAGCCAGAAACCAGGCAAGGCUCUGGACUCUGAUUUUGGCCCAGGGCUUGGUCAGAUCAGCAAACACCCCUACAGAGCACAGCAAACUGAUAUUUAUGACCCAUCCAUUAGGUGAAUGCCUCUGCAUGUACUUCAUUGUGACUGCUGCCCUUUGGGACGAUGCCACUGGAAUAAGGUUGGCAAGCAAGUCCUCUAAUGAAGGCCAGAAAGGAUGGUUGGUUAGGGCUGUUCAGCAAGCUUUGAACAAGUGGGGUAGUUUAGCUCUGAAGCCCCAAUAUCCCCAAAGACUUACAGCCUCCAGAUGAGUGAGUGAGGAAUAUUAUUAAGGACUGGUAGUCACUGCACUAGUAUUGAGAGAAAUAUUCCUAUGUUAGUGCCCUUGACUCUGAGGCACGAUGGGGGGUUUUUACUGGUGAUUUCAGCAGGAGCAGAAUCCGCUCCAAGAUGUACAAGGACCAGAACAUGGAACUGGGGGGCUCACUAUGCAGCUGUUGAACAACGGCCGGGGGAGGGAGGGCAGGAGGGAUGCUGAUGCAGCGGCAGUGCUAUACACAAGAAGGCUGAGCCAGGUGUAGUAAAACGUAAGGACCAAAUCCUGCCAGGUGCUGAGCACCCUGGACUCCAUUUACCGUAAUGGAAGUGGAGGCUGCUCUGCUCUGCACAGGAUCCAAGCCUGUAGUGCUUGCAGCCACACCCAGUAGGUGUUUGAAAAAAGCAGUUGCAAUCUAAGAUUGCGCCAAGGUACUUGGGUGGAAAGCAACUAUAGUAAAUUGGCAACUAAUGAACAUCACUGACUAUUCCUUGUAAACGAAAGCAUUCUGACCGGAGAAUAUAUGAAUAACUUCAUAGGGAUGAGGCAUAAAUGCCAGGCCUGGCACGACUGCUCUUCCUCAAGAGAUCAGUAAUCCCAUGGCUAAGUUUUAUUAGUGAUACUGACUUUCCGAAAGCCACCGGUAUGCGUGCAUUUCUGGUCAUAAUGUGGGGAAGAUGUGAAAACACUAACAAGAACUGGACUCUUUUAAACACAAUAGACUCCUCAGUCAUUUAGGGCAACAUCUGAGUGAUGCAGAAUAGAGAUGAUUGGGUUAUUUUGGGCUGCAGUCAGACCAGAGGAAAAGCCAUUUCACAAGAAGUCUGCUUGUUGUUAAUUUAAAAAUAUACCCAUGGAAAACUAGUCAAUGACACUCAAGUACAGGACAACUUACUGAUCAAUAGAUAUUGGCAGCUUCUUCUUGGGUUUAAACUGACACUCUCUUCUCUAACACUAAGAGGGGAGGGAAAUGAGAGAAUGAAAAGUUACUCUGUGGAAAGCCUCUCUUGGCCUGUCAUUCUGCUCUGAGUUACACUGGAGAAGAUUUCUCUGAACUGAUGGAAAAUUCAGCCUCCGGUUCCACAUGGUGUCUUGUUUCUCAUGCGAGCAAUCCCAGAGCCCUCAUCAUUGGGGAAAUGGAGGAUUGUCCUACUUUCAUUGUUAAAGUUCUAUAAAUUAUGAGUGAUGUGAACGUUUUUUUUUCCUCCUGGUGUGUUUACAGAGAGCUAGGCGGCAGCAUUAAGCAAUUGGGAAUGGAAUGUAUAUGUUUGUGUUUUUGAAGCUAAAGUGUACUGAAUAAUUGCUCACCUGCCUGUUUUAACUUGUACUGUUUGAUCUUUGUCAGUCUGAAUGAAUUCAAGAUACUUUUUGUUCCUGUUAUUUGGAGGAAGAUAUUUACUGGUUGUUUUAAAGUCUGAUGUACAUUUUCAUCUCUGAGUUACUUAUUUGCCAAGGCCCUCUUCCCCUCAGAUUUCACUGGAAGGUGUGCGGGUUUAGAGGGCUGCCUUUGCAGCAGCAUCUCCUCCUAGCCCUGGAACCCCAUGGAACUCCCUCUACAAGUACUCUGCAGGAUUUGGAGGGAUGGUAGUGGCAAGAGCUUGUCCUCAUCACGUUCUCCCCUUCCCAGGCUAUGGAUAUCUGAACCUGUGCUGAUGCUGCUAGUAGUGGCCCCAGGUCUGCACCUGUCUCUGCCAGGGGGUUUUAUGCAGGCCAGGGAACCUGAAAGCUAUGCUGUCAGGGGAGAGGGAGGACCAGGACCUCUGAGGAACUGUGGAUUUCCUUCCUCAGGGACCAUGGAGAUCUGUGGGGUCAGAGGCUCCACUCCCUGUCCUCAAACACCUCCCUCAAGGGAAGAAUGCCAGGAAACUCUUAGCCUGCAAGGUGCUGAGCAGCCUACCUCCCACUGACUUCACGGGGAAUUGAGGGCACUCAGCACUUUGCAAGAACAAGCCUUCUGCAAGGUCAGCCUGGCAGACUUUCCUGGGCCACCUGUACCUUUUGCCAUGGGUAUUUUGGCAGGAGAGGAAGAGUAGGUUUUAAGCAGUUUAAAGCUGCCUCUGUGGAGAGGUAAGAGCAAGAUGGAGCUAUCACAAAAAGUGUGACACAUUCUGGCUUAUUACAUGGCUUAUAAACAUCAUCUCUCUUCUCUUAAUGUGCAUGUGCAAUCUUUUGUUAAAUGAGCUCUUGAAAGCAGCAGUAUGCUCUGAAAGUUAGUCUAGUCUUUACGUGUGGAAAGAGCUUUGCUCUUUUAAUUACCUUUUAGGGUAAAGGAUGUUUUGAAGUCUCCAUUUUGCAUAUGAUUAUUCAUUACAGCCAAAUAAUUAUUUAAAUGAAAAAUAUCUAGGGUUUGCUUUCAAAAACCAAGGUUUAAAAGAUUUUUAACUCAGCUCAUGCUUUUAAACACAUACAUUCUCUAUUAUUUAGAAGACUGAUGUUGGCUUAAAUUUGGAUUUUUGCAUAAAACUUGGAGCAAGACGAAAAACUGCAGUGAAGACAUUUGUGUAUGUUUUUAAAAUAACAGCAUGAAAAGUAGUUAGGGUCUAAAAGAUUCGCAAAACUGCAGCGGCUACUAAAAGAAACUGAGGGCCCAAUCCUGUGUCACUGAAAUCCAAUGGAGAUUUGUCAUUUAUUUCAAUGGGAGCAGAAUUGGGUCCUUGUUUAAAGAACACUUACGCUUGCUACCAGUUUUCCUUUUUUCAUAGCUUCACCACGUUGGCCUGAUCCUGCAGAUGCUCUGAAUGUAGAACUGCUAUUGACUUUGGCGAUAGUUCUGCUUGUGGGCUGGCUGCCGAACUGAUCCUGAUGCUAAGAAAUCUCUCUAUCCUUUGAAGGGUUAUGCUUGUAUUUAACUUUAUGUAUAUGAGUUGUCUUAUUGGAGUUAGUGGGCCUACUCACAUACCCUGAAGUAAAGUGUGUGUGUACAAGUUUUUGCAGGAUCAGGGCCAAAAUUAUUUAAUGUAUAAAUGAUGCAGGCAUGGGAAUAAAUGGUAUACAAUUUGUUUUAAAUGGUCAUUUAAAUAUACUGGGGCCUCUUUGUUUAAGUAACUUAAACAGUGGGUGCUCAUUU